AUGUAUCACGGAUACUCCUCUGGGCGGAAGCCAACGCAAGGGCCAUCUCAGCCAUAUUCAUCCCAGGCGCGGGCAAUCGGAAGCGGACUUCCUCAGCAGGAACGACUUCCAUCCAGGAGAAUGGGGCCUUCACCCUCAGGUGAUUCAACAACUGGUUCAUCGGUGGGCUGUCCGCAGAUAGACCUGAUGGCUUCUUGUCUCAACAAGAAGCUCCGUCGUUACUGUUCCAGGUCGAGGGAUCCGCAGAAGGCAGCAGUGGGCGCUAUGACGGCAUCGUGGAUUUACCAGUUUGUGUACCUGUUUCUCAAAUCCCUCUCAUUCCCAGAGUUCAAAAAAGAAUCAAAAAGAGAACGUGUUCAGGCAUACAGCAUUCACGUGAAUGGCGUCCUGCACUGUAGGGUGCGAUACAGCCAGCUGUUUGGUCUACAUGAGCAGCUGAGGAGAGAGUAUGGAAAUGUGGUUCCCAUGUUCCCCCCGAAGAAGCUCUUCACACUGACACCUGCUGAGGUGGAGCAGAGGCGAGAGCAGCUCGAGAAAUACAUGCAGGCAGUGCGACAGGACCCAAUGCUUGGAACCAGUGAGAUUUUUAACAACUUUCUGCGGCGCUCCCAGCAGGAGACUCAACAGAUCCCUACAGAGGAGGUCCAGCUGGAAGUCUUCCUCUCCAAUGGGCAGAAGGUGAAAGUCUCCAUUCUGACAUCUGACCAGACUGAGGAUGUGCUGGAGGCAGUCACUACCAAACUGGACCUUCCAGAAGACCUGAUGGCGUACUUCAGCCUCUACCUCAUAAAGGAUGGCACCGAGGGAACGUUUUCCUUUGUAAGGAAGUUGCAGGAGUUUGAGUUGCCAUACGUGUCGGUCACCAGCCUCCGCAACAGAGAGUACAAGAUUAUUCUCCGCAAGAGUUACUGGGACUCCUCGUAUGACGAUGAAGUUAUGGAGAACAGAGUGGGUCUAAACCUGCUAUAUGCUCAGACCGUCAGUGAUAUUGAGUGUGGCUGGGUGCAGGUGACCAAGGAUCAACAUCGGCAGCUGAAGUCUCUGCAGGAGAAAGUCUCCAAGAAAGAGUUCAUCCAGCUUGCGCAGACGCUGAAGUAUUACGGAUAUCUGAAGUUCGAUCCCUGUAUCACAGACUUCCCGGAGAAGGGCUGUCAGGUCAUUGUAAGCGCUGGGAACAAUGAGCUCAACUUCCAGGUGAAACUUCCUAACGAGCAAAUGAAAGAAGGGAGCUUCAAGGUGACCCGUAUGAGGUGCUGGCGCGUCACGUCAUCGGUUCCACUUAGCAGUGGCGGCGGGAGCCCCAACAAGACGGAGGCGCGGCUGGAACUGGCCUUCGAGUAUCUGAUGAGCAAGGACCGCCUGCAGUGGAUUACUAUCUCCAGCCCGCAGGCCAUAAUGAUGAGUAUCUGCCUGCAGUCCAUGGUGGACGAGCUCAUGGUGAAGAAGUCUGGAGGCACAAUGAAAAAGAUGUUGCGGAAGAGACAGUCCUGCCUGGUGCGGCGGUCAGACAGUCAGCAGGCGGUGAAAUCGCCCCCUCUGCUGGAUUCCCCAGACUCGCACAGGGAGCCCGUGGCGAAGUUAUCGAGUAAGCUCAGCUCCGUCAGUCUCCGUGGGAUCAGUAACUCCACCAGUGACGUGAGUGCAGAGGACUUCCACGGGAACUAUGCCUUUGAGGGCAUUGGCGAUGAUGACUUGUGAGGCUCGCAGACGGUCCCUUCCCUCCGUAUACACCAGCAGAGAGAGGACACUAAUACCUAUAUGUAGCGCUCAGCUUGCACUUAUAAUUCUGAGAUUUGCACAGAUUGGGGCAGCCCGGCUUUGCCCCCAUACUCUAAUAACCCUGUACAAGUCGGCUCCAUCUGCUGCUCAGUGACUGAAUGCUGGAUUUGCAAUAUUCCUUCUAGAAGAUGAGGCCCCCAGGGGAUUAAUAUAUAUAUAUUAUCCAUGACAUUUCAUUAACUAGGAGAACGUACCCAUGAUAGGUGCCAUUGUAUGACCAAAUGAAUGGCGCGCUUACCGAGUAUAUUUACCAACCAAUCCCCAGACGCACAAAUGCCAAUUUUAUACAGUGUAAUGAGCUUGUUUAUGUCCUGAAGUCAUGGAGCACUGCGUUCCAGGUAAACAGGAUCUUCUAUGUUGUGCCAACAUUGACUGAGGGUUAUUUGACUGUGUUCUGCCAGACAUUCCUAUUAUAUGAGGUUGUACCGCUGGUUUUACAGAGAUGUCUAACCGGACGGCUGCCGCUUGUACCCCAUGUAUGGUGGAGUGUUGGCGCUUGUACCGCAUGUAUGGUGGAGUGCUGCCGCUUGUACCCCAUGUAUGGUGGAGUGUUGGCGCUUGUACCGCAUGUAUGGUGGAGUGCUGGCGCUUGUACCCCAUGUAUGGUGGAGUGCUGGCGCUUGUACCCCAUGUAUGGUGGAGUGUUGGCGCUUGUACCCCAUGUAUGGUGGAGUGUUGGCGCUUGUACCCCAUGUAUGGUGGAGUGUUGGCGCUUGUACCGCAUGUAUGGUGGAGUGCUGGCGCUUGUACCCCAUGUAUGGUGGAGUGCUGGCGCUUGUACCCCAUGUAUGGUGGAGUGUUGGCGCUUGUACCCCAUGUAUGGUGGAGUGUUGGCGCCUGCACCCCAUGGAUGGUGGAGUGUUGGCGCUUGGACCCCAUGGAUGGUGGAGUGUAUUCUGUGUAUGCCGUAGUACCCUGUAUAUUGUGGGGUGCUGCUGCUUGUACCCUGGGUAUGCCCGGGUGCUGCCGCUUGUACUCUAUAUCGCCAUCUUUCAUACAAGACAUCUGAAUGAUCGGUUAGAAUCAUGGCUGCACUGCACACGCUACAUGUAACCGGGCGAGCCUGUCAGCGUAUGAGUGCGAUCUUCAGAACUGCCAAAUUAGGGUUAGGUGAAGAUGUACAUAUAUAAAUAUAUAUAAGACGCAUUGAUUUAUGAUAAAUGAUUUUUUAUGAGGAGACUGAAUUAUCUUUUUCUCAGCACCAAUCUCUACUAUGUGAUCCAGCCGCUUGUGUGGAGAAUGUACAGCUCAUAUCUGGCUAUGUUUACAGAUCCACGCGAUGGGUUAUCUUCCAGUAAUACACAACCUGUUUACAUUAAAUCAAAUCACGCUAA